AUGGCGUCACAUCGUUUCGAAGUAACAGUUGUACCUGAACCCAAUCGUAAUGUUUCAUCAAUUGAACGAUCUGAAAUAAUUCCAUUAAUUCAUAUUGAAAAUGAAAUUCCAACACCACCACCAUUACCUGCUGCUCUUCCGUCAGUCUAUGAAAAGAAUAAAAAUCGAACAUCAUCACGCUUUUUUAAUACAAUUUUACUACGAAAAUCUUUAGACAUUCGUCGUCGUGCUACAAUUGCAGCAGCAGUUGGAUCUAUUAGUGAUCAAUUAAAAAAGAGUUCAUCAGUUGAUGCUAUUCAUAAAACUGAAUCGAAAUCGACACCUCCAUCUGCAACUAGUCAAAUAGAUCUUAUUAUUGCUCCUGAAGUUGAAGAAUCUGAUACAUAUUCAACAGUACAAUCAAAUAAUUAUGAUACAAAUCCAUUACGUAUAACGAAUAAAUUUCUUCAAGAACUUCGUGCAAAACGUCGAGAAUUACAUGAAAAAUCAAAAAAUAUUGCCAUUGAUCAACGUAUUGAUUUAAAUCGUCGACGAAAGCAACGAACAAUUGUACGUGCACAAGAUAUAUUUGAUGUACAUUUUCAAUUAAAUAAUGAUGAUGAUGAUGAAUUACCAUUAUUAGAACCAAAUAUAUUUACUGAAGAAAGCCAAGAAAAAAUUCGUAAUGAUAUUUAUAAUGAAUUAAAUCGUCAACGUGUCAAACAAUAUGAUAAACAAAAACGACAUUUAAUAUUGGGUCAAUCAUUAUUAUUGUUUAUGACAUCAUUGUUAGCAUUCAUGAGUUUAACAUUAAUCUAUGUUGUAUUCGACUUGUAUAAUCGAGCAAAUCAUUCAGAUGCAAAAAUACCAGAAAAUAAAUUUAUAUCAAUGAUUAAUGAUAAAGCAACAAAUUUUUAUUGA